GCGUAUGAGCUGAGGCACAUAUUUUCAUAGCUGACCACCCAGAAUAGCCUCAUAAUAUCGGUGUUCUUUCAAGCAGGUUGCCAGUGAAUGAAAAAAAUGGCUAGGAAACAUGUCAACGCGGCACACGUGCUGGCCAUCUUGGUCGCCAUCAUUGCAGCUGUGCUUGACCGUGCACGUUCCGGCGAAAGAAAGCAAAUGAGCUACGAUAUAGCCGGCACGGCUGCUUAUGGCUAUAGCCGCAUGUGGCCGCACUGGCAGCAAGGGAUCGCUGGCAAGUGGUGGCGACCUUGGCCGAUUCCGGAUGAGACGCAUGCGAAGCUCGCUUGUUCGGGCAUCGAAUUCGUGCCCCGCCACGCUUGGGGCGCCCGUCCACCCAAGGGUUGGGAGAGGCUCAAGGUGCAACCAGUGCCGCGAUUCUUUGUGCACCACACAACGGAAGCUGAGUGCUUCGACUUCUGGAGCUGUUCGCAGAGAAUGCGCUACUGGCAGAACUUCCACAUGGAUACCAGAGACUGGUUCGACCUCGGCUACAGCUUCCUCAUCGGCGGCGACGGGAGAGUGUAUGUGGCCCGCGGCUGGGUCUCGGAAGGCGCUCACACGAAGGGACACAACAAAGACGCGCUUGCCGCCUCCUUCAUCGGCGACUUCUCGCGACACCUGCCAACACCAAGGGCCAUAUGGGCGCUGCACAGGCUGCUGCAAUGCGGUGUUGCCCUGAGAAAGAUCUCUGCCGAUUACACUAUUCACGGACACCGAGACGCCGGCUGCACGAGUUGCCCCGGUGACGCCCUGUACGGUUACAUCAGUCGGUGGGCUAACUUUGGCGGGAGACUCCAAAAGUACGUCUGCAGCCCACCAGCAGGCAACAACCGCAGUGUGCCACAUUAAAAGAGCAGUAAAAAUAAACUCACCGGGUGCCUCAUGA